AUGAUUCACGACUACCAACAGUCUGCCCCUGAUGGCAAUGAUCUGAGAGUUAAACGUUUCAGUACACCUUCAUCCUCGACUAGAGGCCGACCCGCUGGAAGACUUGUUGUAUGCCCCUUGGCCGUCCCUGAGGGCUACCGCCCAGGCGUUUGCAGUCGGUCUAUCCACUCGUGUUCUGGGGCUUUGUGUGAAUGGGUUUUUGACCGCUUCCCUAACAUAAAGCUUAUUGUCGGUUAUAUGGGUGAGAGGAUCCCAUCGUACCUGUACCGCUUCAAUAAGGAUACGUUCUUCCAAGUUGUGCCGAUAAAGCAGAACAUAACCGCAUAUUUCAAGAAGAACAUCUACCAAACCACCGGUAAUUUCGCCACGAAUCUCCUGAAGUUCCAUAUGGGUGAAAUUGGCCUCGAUCGUAUCAUGUAUUCCACCGACUAUCCACAUUCCGCGUCUUGGACGAUGAUGUUUGAAAUUUGA